AUGAGGGGUCACGAACCACGUUCCACUUCUUCUUGUGCAGCUUGCAAGCUCUUGAAAAGGAGGUGCAGUCCCAACUGUAUCUUCGCACCCUAUUUCCGAUCCGGCGAGCCGAAGAAAUUCGCCAAUGUCCACAAGGUUUUUGGUGCUAGCAAUGUAAGCAAGAUCUUGGUUGAAGUGCCUGAAGAACAGCGCGAAGACACGGUGAACUCCUUGGCGUAUGAGGCUGAGGCAAGGCUUAGAGACCCUGUCUAUGGUUGCAUUGGUGCCAUAGCUUUGUUGCAAAGGAAGAUGAUCCAACUGCAACACGAUUUAGCCCUUGCUAGAGCAUGUUUGGCUCGGUAUGUCGCAACUCCUUCCGUUAUCGUCAGUUCCGAUGAUCAUCAUCGGGUUAUCACCGGACCUUUCGAUGAUUUCCCGGUUGAUUGCGGAGUAUCUUUCGACAGUUUUAACCAGAAUAUUUCAUAUGAAUUGAAUCAAGAAGCAAAUAUGUAUGAUUUUAGCCAAAUUCCAUAUGUAUAAAUAUUUUCUCUCUUCCUUGAA